AUGGACCUAAAACAACAGGCGUACAUGGACAACCAGGAAGCCAUAACUGAGACCGUUAACCUCGACAAAUUCUUCGAGGACGUCGAAAAUGUUAAAGAAGACCUGAAAACCAUGGAGACGCUUUACAAGCUCAGGGUCAACAUUUCCGAGAUUCAAGAACGACACGACGCCGUUAAGGAGAUCGAAAAGAAUUUGCUCAAGCUUCAUCAGAUAUUCCUGGACAUGGCUGCGCUCGUCAAAGCUCAGGGUCAUCAACUGAACGAUAUCAAAAGCAACGUUUCACAUGCAUGCUCCUUCGUCAGACCAGGGACGGAGCAGCUUCAAGAGGCGAGGGAACAACAAAAAAGCUCAAGGAAAUGGACGUGCUAUGCCAUCAUUGCUGCCAUUAUCUUGAUUAUCGUAAUCCUCCUGCCGCUGCUGCCAACGAUCAUAACUUUGCUUAAGCACAAAUAG